ACACAACGCAAAUUCCAACCCUAACUCUUGUCUCCGUUCUUAACGCCCAACGCCAGCGACCCUCGUCCCGUCAACAACCCCGUCAACUCCCAGGUCCCGCCUUUAAAACCUCAAGAUGACUCACGAGAGCGUUUGGUACAGCCGGCCCCGCAAGUACGGCAAGGGCUCCCGCGAAUGCCGUGUCUGCUCCCACCGCGCCGGUCUGAUCCGCAAGUACGGCAUGAACAUCUGCCGUCAGUGCUUCCGUGAGAAGUCCACCGACAUCGGUUUCACCAAGGUUCGUUUCAAUCCCACACUCGACAAUCCUAUCCGAUCCCAUUCGAAUGCCACGCAACCACAAUUCUUCGACAUGAAAAUUCAAUCAACAAUCGACAAAUCUGCCAAUGCUACCACCACACAUGCACAAUACAAAAACACAACACUAACCACAAGUUUUUCAACCUACAGUACCGCUAAGCGAUCAAAAAAACUGACUCCCUCCUCUCGAACCGUUCGCAUCCACGAAAUCCAUCUACGCACCCAGCUCGACUACGGUAGCGUCCAGUGGAGCAAUGUUUCAGACGAGCUCAAAAAUGGCGUCUUUGAUGUUUUU